AUGAGUCCGGUGGCAGGGUCUGGGAAAGGGGCGGCAGGCGCCGUGUCCGGCUGGGAAGGUGGCAAGAAGAAGCCCCUGAAACAGCCCAAGAAGCAGGUCAAGGAGAUGGACGAGGAAGAUAAGGCUUUCAAGAAGAAACUCGAAGAGCUAAAAGCAAAGGCCUCGGGGAAGGGGCGCCUGGCCACAGGUGGAAUUAAGAAAUCUGGCAAAAAGUAA